CUUGAUCAAGUCAUACCUAAACUUGCAUCUCAUGUGAUGUUUUAGUCCCAGGCCAAUCACAGUGCGCCAAUUGGCUGGGCCGGUCAGCGCGCGCAGUUUUGCACAAAAGCCCCUGCCGUUUGCCUGAUUCAACCCGCGCCGCCUGCUCCCCUCGGCCGCCCGCAGCUCCUCGCUCCGCAGGCUCGCGCCGCCGCCGCCGCCCCUCCCGGCGUCGUCGCGCGCCUCAUGGGCCUCGAGUCCCGGCCCGCCGCCCCCGGCGCGGCCGCGGCCGCGCCGCCCAGGCCGCAGAAGCAGACGAAGGUGGAGGCGUCGGCGGGGGGAGGAGACAAUGAGCCGGCGCCGGUGGUCGUGAUGCUGCCGCCGAGCCGGCGCCCGCCCGCGCCCGGCUCGCCCACGCACGCGCCGUGGAGCCACCACAGUGCCGACCUGCCGGCGAGGAGCCCCAGGCGGAGCCGCCUCGUGCACGCCACCGCGUCGAGGCUGCUGGAGCCGGGCGCGCGCGCGAGCUCGAGGGCCGGCGCCAGGCUGCAGGCCAUCGCGUACGCCUGCUCCUCGCCGCAGCACCGCGGCCACCCCGGCGCCCCGCAGCAGAGCUGGGGCACGCCAGGCUGCAGACCAGACGAACUAUUCCGACUUAUCGGCUCCUCUCAAUAAUGCUGAGACUAUAUACAAUUCCAAUGAUCAAUCACCUGAGUUUCACAAGAGCUAUCAGAGACUGCUAAGGAAGCACUUACAUGAAUCCAUGCCUGGUACAUUUUGUUUUACUGUAUCAUCUCCCCUUGCUUCCCUUCGGUAAUUUCAUUUCUGUGCAAUGGUUUUUACUCGUUUGGAUCUCUCUUUUUGAUCAGCAUGCACCGAGGGAGGCAGUACCGCCAAUGUUCACCAGCUACGCCUUCUUCUUCUUUAGACGGAACGGAACACAACCAUCUUACGGAAUGCUGUUACGAAAAAACUGUACUGUAAAAAACCCAUUCUAGUUUCGUAACAUGGAUGGAUCUGCCGUCUGCGCUAUGUUACGGCAGUGAAGCUUC